UGUCACAGUUAGGGUUUUGGAGAGGGACACUCGGAGACGGAGGCAUCGAUGGCGAAGUUCAAUGUGGUGCAGAAGAGGAGAAGAGAGCAAGUAGCACAGAGAAAAAGGGAGAUACGUGGAGACCCACUUACUGGGAAGCUCAAUAAUAAGCCUCAGCCUCUCUCUGUCUCUGGCAAGCGCCAACGCAAGCUCCUCAAGAAAUGGCGUAGAGAGCAGAAGGAGGCUAUAGAGAAGGGCCUGGUCACCAUGCAAGAUGUGGAGAUGGCUGCUGCUGAAGGUGAAGAUAAAUCCAAGAAUGCCAGCAAAUCCCAAGCAAAAUUUCAUGUGAAGAAAGCCUUGAAGCUGAAGAAGUUUAAGCGCAGUGGUAAGAAAAAUGGGAAAUCCAAGCCAGCUGCUGAAGCUUCAGUAGACACAAUGGUAGAAUAAUUAGGAGGAGGUGUGGUAUGAUAUGCCAAACCUUGUAAUAUUUCAGGGAGAAUGCAAGUGUAAAAGACCACUGUGCCUUAGGACAUUGCUUUGUAAUUCUAAAAUUGAUUUCAUUUGUAACACUUGAGUCCUUUUCUUUUUGGGUUUGUAUUUCCAUUUACGAGCGUUUAUUGAGAACGCAAGGAUAGAUAGAAGUUAAAGUAAGUUUCAGAGGAUCAAUAGAAUCCGAAAUGCAGGAAAUGAUUGAAUAUUA